CGUACACUGCGAGGGAGGGCCCAGCUGCUGGGUCCUACGGGGCAGGGGUCUGACAUCUGGACGGAGUGGGAAAGCAGCAUCCUGCCCUUGGGGAGUCGGGAGGAGCCCAGUCCUAACCAGCUGUGCAAACAGGAGGAGGAGGAGGUCCCAAGCCUACCCUUGGGAGAGGGGCGAGAGGGGUGGUCAGGCCGCCGGCGCGCCGGCCCCCGCGGUGCGGGUUGCGCCAGCCUCCUCGGAGCCCGACGCAGAAACUUGUUGCAACAACAGGCGACCGCGGGUGCCCCUAGCAGCCAGCGGCGGAGUGGGUGGGCGGGCGAAAGGGAGGGGAAGGCUGGCGGACGCCGCAGCGAACUGGUGGGCAGACCCGGAGUCGCCGCGUAAGCGGGGCCGGCUCAGUGCGGUGCGGCAGGCGCGGCUGUGCGGCAGCGGAAGUCCUUUGUUGCAGCACAGUCCCUGGCAGAGCCAGAACCUCUCCGCGCAGCCCAGCCCGAGCGCCGCGCGCCGCCGCCACUGCAGUUCGCGGCCCCUUCGCCUCCGCCCGCCUUUCCCGCGGCUGAUUUGCCUUAAACUCCCUAAAAUCUCCGCAGCCCCGGUUCCUGCUGCGGCCGGUCUCUAAUUAAUAGAAGAUGGCAAAGCCCAGCCACAGCAGCUACGUCCUUCAGCAGCUAAACAACCAAAGGGAGUGGGGUUUUCUCUGUGACUGUUGUAUUGCAAUUGAUGACAUUUACUUUCAAGCACACAAAGCAGUUUUAGCUGCUUGUAGCUCCUAUUUUAGAAUGUUUUUCAUGAACCAUCAGCACAGUACUGCACAACUGAAUCUCAGCAACAUGAAAAUUAGUGCUGAGUGUUUUGAUCUCAUUUUGCAAUUUAUGUAUUUAGGAAAAAUUAUGACAGCUCCCUCCAGUUUUGAGCAGUUUAAAGUGGCAAUGAACUACCUGCAGCUGUACAAUGUUCCCGACUGCUUAGAGGACAUACAGGAUGCAGACUGUUCUAGUUCGAAGUGUUCAUCUUCUGCUUCUAGCAAACAGAACAGCAAAAUGAUAUUUGGGGUAAGAAUGUAUGAAGACACUGUGGCUAGAAAUGGUAAUGAAGCCAAUAGGUGGUGUGCAGAACCAAGUUCAACAGUAAAUACACCACAUAAUAGAGAGCCUGAUGAAGAGUCUUUACAAUUAGGUAAUUUUCCUGAACCACUAUUUGAUGUAUGUAAAAAAAGUUCUGUGUCCAAAUUGUCUACUCCAAAAGAACGUGUAUCACGACGCUUUGGACGGAGUUUUACCUGUGAUAGUUGUGGAUUUGGCUUUAGCUGUGAAAAAUUAUUAGAUGAGCAUGUGCUAACCUGUACUAACAGACAUUCAUACCAAAACACAAGAUCCUAUCACAGAAUAGUAGAUAUUAGAGAUGGAAAAGACAGUAAUAUCAAAGCUGAAUUUGGUGAAAAGGAUUCUUCUAAAACAUUUUCUGCACAGACGGACAAAUACAGAGGAGACACAAGCCAGGCUGCUGAUGAUUCAACUUCUACCACUGGAAGCCGAAAAAGUAGCACGGUGGAGUCUGAGCUGGCCAGUGAAGAAAAAAGCAGAGCUGCUGAGAGGAAGAGAAUCAUUAUCAAGAUGGAGCCAGAAGAUAUUCCUACAGAUGAACUGAAAGACUUUAACAUUAUUAAAGUUACGGAUAAAGACUGUAAUGAAUCCACUGACAACGAUGAAUUAGAAGAUGAGCCUGAAGAGCCGUUUUACAGAUAUUAUGUUGAAGAAGAUGUCAGUAUUAAAAAAAGUGGUAGGAAAACUCUAAAACCUCGGAUGUCGAUAAAUGCUGAUGAGAGAGGUGGUUUAGAAAACCUGAGGCCCCCUAACAACAGCAGUCCAGUGCAAGAGGAUACUGAAAAUGCAUCUUGUGAGCUGUGUGGACUCACAAUAACUGAGGAGGACCUGUCAUCUCAUUACUUAGCCAAACAUAUUGAAAAUAUCUGUGCAUGUGGUAAAUGUGGACAAAUACUUGUUAAGGGGAGACAACUUCAGGAACAUGCUCAGAGAUGUGGAGAACCCCAAGAUCUGACGAUGAAUGGCUUAGGAAAUACUGAAGAGAAAAUGGACAUGGAAGAGAAUCCUGAUGAGCAGUCUGAAAUAAGAGAUAUGUUUGUUGAAAUGUUGGACGAUUUUAGGGACAGUCAUUUCCAGAUAAACAGUAUCCAAAAAAAGCAGUUAUUUAAACAUUCUGCCUGUCCUUUUCGAUGUCCUAACUGUGGCCAGCGUUUUGAAACUGAAAAUCUAGUGGUUGAACAUAUGUCUAGCUGCUUAGACCAAGAUAUGUUUAAGAGUGCCAUCUUGGAAGAAAAUGAAAGAGAUCACAGACGAAAGCAUUUUUGUAAUCUGUGUGGAAAAGGAUUUUAUCAGCGGUGUCACUUAAGAGAACACUAUACUGUUCAUACUAAGGAAAAACAGUUUGUUUGUCAGACAUGCGGAAAGCAGUUUUUAAGAGAACGUCAGUUGCGACUGCACAAUGAUAUGCACAAAGGCAUGGCCAGGUAUGUCUGUUCCAUUUGUGAUCAAGGCAACUUCAGAAAACAUGACCAUGUACGGCAUAUGAUUUCUCAUUUAUCUGCUGGUGAGACUAUAUGCCAGGUCUGCUUUCAGAUAUUCCCAAAUAAUGAACAGUUGGAACAGCACAUGGAUGUUCAUCUGUAUACAUGUGGAAUAUGUGGAGCAAAAUUUAAUUUGAGGAAAGAUAUGAGAUCACAUUAUAAUGCCAAGCAUUUGAAAAGAACCUAAGUGAUUUUCUACUGUACUAAUGUUUAGUUGAUAGCAGACAAAACACCAAAGCAAAGGAUAUGAGCUAUUUAGAAAUUGAUUUUAUAAGAUGAAUUGUUGGAAAAAAAUUUCAAGGCCCUUUUAUCUUUAAUAUUUUUGUUUAGGAUCUUAAGUAUCUACAAUUUAGGUGUUAUUAAAUGUUUAUCAUUUUUGUUAUUUCUUAAUAGAAUUCUUUGUUUUUAGUUUGUUUUAGCUAUGAUUAAAAUUACUUUUAAAUGUAGACUAUAAGUGGUUGUUACCCCUUCAAUGACUAUUAAACUUUAGUUUUUUAUCAAUAAGGUGAUGACGUCACUAUUUCUAUGUGUUUUUUUUUUUUUUUAAAGUUAUUCUGUGAAAUUUUAAACCCAGCAUCAUUGGCCAUUCCUGUUUAAAUUAAAAAAAAAAAUCAAGUAGUUAGUUAUUGGAAACUAUCCCAUUCACUUUCAGCUUUUUUUCUUUUUGUACAUUGAACAGUGAUUUAAUAAACACUGUUUAUUCCCCCUUCUUAUCAAUGAAAUUCAUAUUCUUCAAUCGACAAGUUUAUUAGGUAGGUUAGAUGUACUGAAUCUAACGUUGAAGGUUGACAUGGGCUCAAACUUGGCCUAAAAAGAUUGAUGGACCUAAGGAAAUUCCUAUAAAUGAAUAUUUCCUAUAAUUGAUAAAAUAUUAUCAUUUAAUAAUCACAUUUAAAACUUAUAUUAAGUGUAAAACCCAAUGACUUUACCUCACUUGAGAAGUUAGUGGGGACAAGUCAUUUUGUUUUGUGAUAUUAAAUUUAACUAUGAUAGUUAAUUAAAAAGACAUAUCUUGUAUUCAUUUAAAAUAAUUUAAAAUAUUCUGAUUUCUAAAGUGUGUUAGUUUAUCAAUUAUUUUUGUUUAUAAAUAGACUUUAAUAGCUCUCUAGGAAUAUGACAUCUAAAGGAAAAUGAUUUUUCACCUUUAAAAUCACAUACUUUUGGAACUUGAGAUUUGAGAAAGCUGCCAUGUAUAUUGAUAAAUCUAAUAAAAUAAAGAAAUCAA